AUAAGAAAUGAUUUUUUAAAUGUAGAAAAUGAGGCGUAUUGUGAGAACAAUUAUGAUUUUUGACAGCUGAUGUUUCAGGUGAGGGUUGAAAUGUCAUGAUAUUUCAUAUUUUAUUCGUAUGGUAUUUAAUAUUUGCAUUUUAGUGUUUGGCUUCUGCUGUGAUGAAUGUAUUAAUCUCAUAACUAACACCAACUCAGCUGAUGCAGGUGGAUUUAUACAGUCCUCCAUCAAAACAUAACACACUGCAGCUGACGGAAAGCAGAUGAAGAGAUGAUGAUGAUGAUGAUGGCGGCGCUGCUGUGUUUCUGCGCUCUGAUCUCUGCUGUUUGCUGUGCGCCGCUCAUAGAAACUCAACCUGAACAGGUGCAUGUCUCAUAUCCAGGUGUGAAGAACUCGAUGUUGGUCACAUGGUCCACCGCUAAUAAAACCGAGAGCGUUGUUGAGUACGGUCUGUGGGGCGGGAAGCUCUUCAGUCACACGGCGGAGGGAGACGCAAGCGUGUUUAUCGACGGAGGGCCGGAGAACAGAACGAUGUACGUCCACCGAGUCACGCUGACCGAUCUGACCCCAGCGGCUUCAUACGUGUAUCACUGCGGCAGCGACGCCGGAUGGAGCGACAUCUUCUACUUCACGUCUCUGAAUGAAAGCGUGAGCUUCAGCCCCAGAUUCGCUCUGUUUGGUGACAUGGGCAACGAAAACCCUCAGUCUCUGAGUCGACUGCAGAAAGAGACGCAGAUGGGGAUGUACGACGUCAUUCUGCACAUCGGUGAGACCGUGUUUAUAACGGAGCGUCUUUCCUCAGGUGUGAAGAACUCGAUGUUGGUCACAUGGUCCACCGCUAAUAAAACCGAGAGCGUUGUUGAGUACGGUCUGUGGGGCGGGAAGCUCUUCAGUCACACGGCGGAGGGAGACGCAAGCGUGUUUAUCGACGGAGGGCCGGAGAACAGAACGAUGUACGUCCACCGAGUCACGCUGACCGAUCUGACCCCAGCGGCUUCAUACGUGUAUCACUGCGGCAGCGACGCCGGAUGGAGCGACAUCUUCUACUUCACGUCUCUGAAUGAAAGCGUGAGCUUCAGCCCCAGAUUCGCUCUGUUUGGUGACAUGGGCAACGAAAACCCUCAGUCUCUGAGUCGACUGCAGAAAGAGACGCAGAUGGGGAUGUACGACGUCAUUCUGCACAUCGUUUAUUUUUCCAGUAACUUCUCCCACUACAGGAGUCGUUUCAGUAUGCCGGGACACACGGAGAAUCUGUGGUACAGCUGGAACAUUGGACCCGCUCAUAUCAUCUCCUUUUCCACGGAAGUCUAUUUCUAUCUGGAAUACGGCCUGGAUCUGCUCUUCAGACAGUAUGAGUGGCUACAGGCCGAUCUACAGGAAGCGAACCGUCCUGCGAACCGAGCGCAGCGGCCGUGGAUCAUCACGAUGGGACACAGACCCAUGUACUGCUCCAACGAUGACGGAGACGACUGCACACACUUCCAGAGCUACGUCCGACUUGGACGCAAUGACACGAAACCCGUUGCUCCUGGACUGGAGGAUUUAUUCUAUCAGUACGGAGUGGAUCUGGAGCUCUGGGCUCAUGAACACACGUAUGAGAGACUCUGGCCCGUGUACGAUUACAAGGUGUUUAACGGGAGCUCUGAAGAGCCGUAUGUGAAUCCUAAAGCGCCCGUGCACAUAAUCACAGGUUCAGCCGGCUGUCGAGAGAAACACGACGGCUUCAUCCCUAAACCUCGUGACUGGAGUGCGUUCAGAAGCACGGAUUACGGCUACACACGCAUGCGUCUGCUCAACGGCACGCACCUGUACCUGGAGCAGGUGUCUGACGACCAGGUAGCUCUCACAUGA